AUGAAACGUUCGGAAUAUGUUGGAGCUGGUGUGGGAAGGCUAUGUUCAUAUCGAUCUAUUAUUUUAAAAAAACAACUUAAAACUUAUUUCAAAAAGAAAAAGAGAAAACAACAACAAGAACAACAGAUAAAUGAAUAUCAUUUGAAGAAUAUUUCAAAUGUUAUUAUUCAUCAUCAAUCACAGCAGAUUGAAUCAUCAUCAAUUCAGCAUUCAACUAUGGUUGAUUUUCAAUUAACACCUGAUCUUUCCAAACGUAAAUAUAUCUAUAAAGAUAUUACUUUAUCAAAUGAUAAUCAAAAUCACAUGAAUUGGCGAGUCUUUCAAUGUACACAACAAUCAUCAUCAUCAAUGUCUUAUUUUGAUCAAUCUGUAACAAAUGAUCGCAAUUAUAAUCCAUUUUAUUUUACUAAUAAUCCAAUAUCAUUACCGGAUAUACGAAUUGGUUUAUCACGACAUCAUAGUAUCAAACAGUUACAUAAAACAGUAAUAAAUUAG